CUAAACAAUAGAGCUAGGAGCCCACUGCAUCCACCGCGCACGCGCCCUCCUCCCCACCCGAGGCUGACUAAUCGAGCGUGGAGCUGACCCCACCCACACUGGAUGCAACUGCUGUAUCUGCCCCGGGAGUGAGGGAAAAUGACUGAGAAGAUCUCGAAGAGUGUGAAGAUCGCCCCAGGAGCAGUCGUGUGUGUGGAGAGUGAGAUCAGGGGAGAUGUCACCAUUGGCCCUCGGACAGUGAUUCACCCCAAGGCCCGGAUCAUUGCAGAAGCUGGCCCCAUAGUGAUUGGGGAGGGCAACCUCAUUGAGGAGCAGGCCCUGAUCCUCAAUGGUUACCCUGAAAACAUCAUUCCUGAUUCGGAGGAUGUGGAGCCCAAGCCCAUGAUCAUCGGCACCAACAACGUGUUUGAAGUUGGCUGCUACUCUGAAGCCAUGAAGAUGGGAGACAACAACGUCAUCGAAUCCAAAGCCCACGUCGGCAGAAACGUGAUCCUGACGAGCGGCUGCAUCAUCGGGGCCUGCUGCAACCUGAACACCUUUGAAGUGAUCCCCGAGAACACCGUCAUCUACGGGGCCGACUGCCUUCGCCGGGUCCAGACGGAGAGACCGCAGCCUCAGACCCUCCAGCUGGAUUUCCUGAUGAAGAUUUUGCCCAACUACCACCACCUGAAGAAGACCACCAAGGGGGUCGCGGCCCCCGCCAAGAGCUGAGCCAGGGGCGGCCUCCUGAGCCUGCUGCUCUUCAGACCGACUCUCCCUCCCUGGCGUUUCCUCAUGCACGUCGGCAUGGCCGUGACAGCAGCUGUCUUGUCGUAGGUAACUCGUGCGUGUGUCCUUAGAAGUCGAGUCGCAGAGGCCUGGAAGGACCCAGGCCUCCGGCGUCACUGGUGUCAGACAGGAGCGGGCACCUGCUGCCUCUGGGAGGGGCCUUGAGAUCCCUUCUGUGCCCGCGUCUCUGCUCCUCCUCCCAUGGUCCCGUGCUCCCUUCUUGUAACAAGCUCCUAAAUAAAGACAGUUACACCAAC